AUGCGAAGGAGCGUGGUGGAGCGAAAGACGCCGGCGCAGGUGGACGGGGUGGAUGAACUCGUCGUCGUGCCGGGGCACGCGGUGUACUACGGUAAUAAUUUUUUGGAGGCAAAAGACGAGAGUAACUGGGCGUUAGAGCCUCAUCAAUUGCUAGAAGGUGAGGCGAAGGCGUUCAUGGAGCACAUGGAGCGCGGUGUGCGCGAGUUGGCGAAGAAUCCGCGCGCUAUGCUCGUAUUUAGCGGUGGUAAGACGAGACGCGAGGCGGGCGCAAUUAGCGAGGCGAGCUCGUAUUGGCAGGUGUCGAGGGCGUUUGAUUGGUUUGGGGUCGACGCCGGGGUGGAGCUUAGAAGCUUUACGGAGGAACACGCACGGGAUAGCUUUGAGAAUCUGCUUUUCAGCGUGUGUCGCUUCUUUGAGCUCACUCGAAAGUUCCCGUCAAAAAUCACCGUCGUGGGUUUUGAAAGCAAGCGCGACCGUUUCCAGAAGCUCCAUCUCCGGGCGAUCGGGUAUCCGGAAAGCAAUUUCACGUAUAUCGGUACCAAGGCGUUGAAUGAAAAGGAAAUGGAGGCCGGCGAGGUGAAAGUUCGCGAGGCGUUCGCGCGGGAUCCGUUCGGAUGUCGAGGCGCACUCGCGGCGAAGCGUCUCGAUCGCGAUCCGUUCAACGAAGGCGCACCAUACAGUUCGCAGGUGAAGAUACUCAGCGCGUUCUGGUUGCACAUCGACACUUGUUCUCAGCGAUUAUAUAAUGGGUAUUUCCCAUGGUCGCCGGGCAUGAUGAUUAAAUGA